GUGUGCCUGAGAGAAGAUGGCUGCGAAACGGGAGAGUGAGAACCCCCAGAUUUGAUGGUGGAGGACAGCCUGGGCGCUGCAGAAACACAGAGGAGAAAAACACUGCUCGAGCUGUGUCAGAGCUCGGCCGAGUCAUCUGUGGAUGUUCGUGUCCUCCCUCCUGUGAGCUGGUGCUGGACUGACACUGGAGCACUGACCCAGUUCGGCUGCACGGCUGUCUGUCCGCUAGCCCUGCGCUCAUUAUUCCUGGGACAUCACUGCACCUCCAUCCAGCGAGAAGCUCGGGCAGAAUAACACCGAGGGGAAAACAUUACGAGUUAGCCGGCCGAUCGCUCAGUCAACGAGGCUGUGAAUGAGAAGAGUAGAAGGUGGGAAAAGUGUCCUUUGAGAAUCAAUCCCAGAAAUCCACGCUGUCUGCAGGACCUUCUACAGCAGAUCUCUCUCUCUGUCUUAAGAACUAUGAUGCUUUAGUUUUGUAAGCUACACAGUGCUGCAGGUGUGCGUGUGUGUGUGUCUCGGUAUGGAGUGGUGCUGGCUACAGACCGGAUGACAUUGCUGACCAGCCUUAAUCCCUCAUACUGACUACCCUGUUAUCGUGACGACCCCGAACGUUGCUGCAGACGCCAGUGGGAUUCCGUCCUUUUGAUGUUUUUGCCUCUCCUUCUCUCCAGCACACCUGUAGACUCUCUCUCUCCCUUUGGUUCUUUACCUCUGUCGCUCGUUUUCCUUCCCCUCUUUCCCCUCUCUUCUCCUCUUCCUCUUUCUCCCCCUUCUCCUCCUUUCUUUCCUUUUCUUUCCUUUCUCUGAUCCUCCCUCUUUCCUUAGGAAACUCCACGUUGUGAUCUUUGGCCCCAGCUAAGCUAAAGAUGAGUUGGUUAAGUCGUAUUACACCCAGGGGCGCUGGCCAAAGGACCGAUCGUAACGCGGCCCCAUCUAGCCUCUGUACUGCUGACCCUGAGACCUGCUUGAUGGUUUUUGAGAAUCAUUGGAGACAGGUGUCGUGGGUGUUGGAGCAGAGGGACUCGGGGUCCGGAGGAGCAGAUGAUCUGACUGCAGUGAGGAAUCACACUGAUCAGAUGCUGUGUCUCCUGGCAGAAGAGAGACCAGCAGGGGGCGACAGUGAUCCACCAGCAAUGGGCCCCAUUCUGAAGUUGGUGGCAUCUGAAAACAUCCUGGAGCGGCUGGUGCAGUGGCAUGUGCGGCGAGGCCUGGACCCCGAGAGCCAGAUGGCGCUGCUGAAGCUGUUUGAGAUGCUGAUUGGCCAAUCCCCUCAGCCUUUGCUCCAGCACAGCGCUGUGCUACAGCCGCUGCUCAGCCUGCUGGGAGCCUGUGUGGAUCCCCAGCUCGGCUGCCCCCCAAGCCUGGAGGCAAGCCUCGUACUGCUGCUUAACCAGGUGUGUGUGUCCAUGGCAAGGCAACCUGCAGUGCUGGAGCUGUUGUUCAGGUGUGGGGCGGUGCAGCAGGGUCCCACUAACCUGCUGAUCUUCUCUCUGCUGGUGCCGUUUAUCCAUCGAGACGGAGCUCUGGGUCAGCAGGCCCGUGAUGCCCUGCUGCUCGUCAUGGCUACCUCUGCCAGCAACCACUCCGUUGCACGCUACAUCGCUGAGAACUCCUACUUCUGCCCGGUACUGGCGACAGGGCUGAGUGCACUCUACUCGUCUCUGCCACGAAAGAUCGAGGUGCGGGGUGAUGAUUGGCAUGCUCUGCGCAGGGAAGAUUGGAUGGGGGUGCCGUCUCUGGUGCUCUUCAUGAACAGUCUGGAAUUUUGUAAUGCAGUGGUGCAGGUGGCCCACCCACUCGUCCGCUGCCAGCUUCUCGACUACCUCCACAAUGGCUUCCUGGUGCCUGUAAUGGGGCCCGCCUUGCACAAGUCGUCUGUGGAUGAGAUGAUUGCGAGCACAGCCUAUCUGGACUUGUUUCUGCGCAGUGUCACAGAGACGUCCCUCCUCAAGACCUUCCUCCGUUUCAUCCUGCUGCAUCGGCACGACAACGACACAAUCCUCGACACACUGCUCACACGCAUCAGCAGCAACUCACGGCUGUGCAUGGUCUCUCUCAGUCUCUUCAAGACUUUGCUCUCCCUCAACUGUGAAGACCUCAUGCUCCAGCUCGUUCUCAGGUAUCUGCUGCCCUGUACACACGUGAUGCUGAGUCAGCGGCGUGCAGUCAGAGAGACUGACCUGUACGGCAAAUCAGCCGAUAGGUUUCUGUCUCUUAUCCCAGAGUGCUGCCGAAUCACCACAGCGGCCUCUAGUGAGAGGGAGGAGGAACCUGCCUUCUGGGGCAAGGUUUUGGGUAGCCCCACUUCCGAGUCUCCAAUCCACCCCAAACCCAGCACUCCAUCUCGCUUGGCUCUUUUCAUUCGCCAACAAAGCUCUGGAGGUUCAAGCAACCCAUCCUCCACCUCCGGUCUAGACAACACUCCCUCCUCUCCCCACGGAAGUGUUCCCUCUCCCAACAGCCCAAUGCACCAGCUGAUGGAUGCUUCAGAAGCUGAGUCCGGCUACCUGGAGUACCUGCGAGAUGCUCGCCGUGGCAUUGAGCUGUGCUCCUGGGCCUGUCGGGACUGGUCGGCUCCCUAUGAUGGAGAGAACCCGUCCCCAAACACGGCACCGCCUCCACCGCCCCCUCCCACAUCCAAUCCAUCUCUCAGUAUGGUGCCUGAGCACUUUUCCAUGCAGCGUGGUGGACUUACAGACGCCGCCCAGCAGAGGGCAGCGGUGGUGGCAGCAGCACGAGCGGAGUGGAGCAGCUCAGAGCGAAACAGUGGAGAGUGGGACGUCACCAUCACCAAAAACUGCAUCAGCCUCACCCCCCGCAGCAAGAAACGCAGCCUACUGCCCAGCUCCGUCCCUCUGCAGUCUUCGUCAUCAUCAUCAGCCACAGCUUCGCUUUCAGGGCCGGCAGAACCUAUAGGUCCGCACCCACAUAUGGUUCCUCAUCGAGCACUUUAUAACGGCACUGGACAGGUAGAUGAGUGUGUGGACAGUUCAGAUAGUGGAAUGGAGGUGAAGAAGGUAAAGAGAGAUGCGGAUGUCACAGAUGGAGAAUCAGGCUUGAAUGGAAGAGUUGGUCCGGUCUCCAUCGAAUCCAGUCUUGCUUUACAGGGAGGCUACAGUGAUUUCAACACUAGUACCACAGUGAAAAAAACAGCUCCAUCUCAGGUGCAAUCCAGUGCGCUUCCACAACCCCAACCAAAUCCACCUACCCUACAGCCCUCAUCCCAGGAAUGUAACUCCAGUGAAGGCCAAAGAUCUGCUCCAGCACCAAGCUUGCUCGAAACUUCCCUCACAACCUGCACCACCCACAGCCUGGAGUCCGUCGAGAGCCUGAUUGAGGAGCUGCUGGAGCAGGCACCGUCCGAACCACUAGCUGGAGACUCUAAUGGUCAGGGUAUCAGUAUUGAAGCUUUCCACCAGGAGUUGAGGGAGCUAGAGGAGCGAGUGAAAGCAAGGAAAGUUCACACACGAAGCUUUGAAGAGUUCAGCCAGGAGCCCCUGUCUGUAUCUCCUGGUCUAAACCGGACAGAUGAGGAGUGUCCUCCGCUGGAUUCCGAGCAGGGAGCUGUUGGAGACUCAAAGCCUGAUGGUUCCAGUACAGGAUUGUUUAGCCCAGCAAGACCCCUCGGGCAACCUCUUGCACAACCUUACAUAGGUCCUUUCAUGACGGUGCUGUUUUCAAAGCUGGAGAACAUGAUGCAGAAUUCUUUGUAUGUGAACAUUCUGCUGACAGGCAUUGUCUUUCAGCUGGCCUGCUACCCUCAGCCUCUCCUCCGCUCCUUUCUGCUCAACACAAACAUGGUGUUCCAGCCCAGCGUCAAGUCCCUGAUACAGGUGCUUGGAUCUGUAAAGAAUCGUAUUGAAUCAUUUGCUGCAGUGCACGAGGAUUUUCCAGCCAUGCUGAGGAAGGCUCGGCGCUUCCUUCUGGCGCGAGGUAAACUGGACUGGACAGACUCGCCCACAGCAGUGCCUCCUCUGCGCCGAUCGGACUCGCUGGUGAAGAGCCGGAAGCCAUCUCUGGGCGAUCUGAUCUUGAGGCACACUAACAGUCCGACACGGGCACGGCACGCGGCUCAGGCCGCACUGGCUCACGUGAGGGACGGCGGUCAGUCUCUUCAUAGUGCCCUGUUCAGGGGCGUUGUGGCCGGGAUGGGGACAUCUGGGCUGGAGAAGCAGGCGGAGGCGCUACGGGUGAAAAACACGGUUUACUGUGCGAUAAUAUUCUCAGAGUUCCUCAAAGAGCUGGCCGCUCUGGCACAGGAACACGCUGUGGCCGUGCCAUUCCCACCCAGCCAGGACACUGAGGAGUGAGGGGCGCUGGCCAGGGGAGCCUGUUGUGCCCAUCCCACCCACUGUUCCAGGCACACAGCUGUAGAAAAUACACACAAUAUGACUUUCACACCUGUUAUUUUUUUCCUUAGGAACGUUUGACUCAUUUGUGGACAAAGUGAUGACCUUAAGAAGAAAAGGAAAGCGUGAGGAGAUACAGGUGUAAUCUCUUGUUUAUAAUCAGUUUUUUAUCUGUAUAGGAUAUGUAAGCAGAUCAUUGGUAAAGCUUUAGGAAAUUGUGCAUAUAAAUCUUGUAAAUAGUCAAUAUAAAAUAUAUGUGUAUAAUGUUUUUACACAAUACUCUCAGAGCAACCUGUAUCCUUUAAUGUGGAGGUUUGGCUGAAAACAGGCACUCCCUAAAGGAAAGGUUCUGCUUUAUUUAACUACAUAUCGAUUUUCUUGUUAUGCUGCUGCGCACCCAGACAUUUUUUUAUUAAUAUUGACACUGUAUUUCGUCAUUUUUGCAGUGAAUCUGCAGACAAGUGAAAACAAGUGUAUGAUACUUGCGUAUGGAUUUAUACAGGUGAUUUUCAUAAUGUUAUAUUCUUUUUAAUGAGGGCCCUAAUAACUGUAUAACUGUUUGAUUGGGCCCUAAUAACUGUAAAAGGAGCCUCCUCUGAACACCCCAUGUAAA